AUGCAAAACCUAUCUGAUUACGUUCUGAACAGCAACCUGUGCUCCUUCCUCUCUCUCUCUUUUUUUUACAACCUAACGUACCUUCCUUAGUAGUGGUUGUCAUUCUUCCCCUGGCCUGAUGUCAACAUGACCGAGACCAACCCGGCCUGGCAUGCAGCAGCGACCUCGAAGCUCACCGGCAAUCCGGGGCUUGCCGCCAUAUUUCUCCUUGCAACUCCCUUCUUGCUCACAUACCUGAUUACCCUCGUCAGCUCUUUCCUCUUCCGCGUCACCGGCAAGGGCCUCCAUGAGCCCACCCCCGUGCCGUACUGGCUGCCAUGGCUGGGUAGCUAUCCCUCCUUUGUCCUCGACAGCGGACGCUACCAGCGCUACCUCCAGAAAGCCUUCGGCGGCAACCCGCUCCGGCUCUUCAUGAUGGACCGAAUCCUCUACUUCGUCCCGCACGGCGAGGCCAUGCAGUCCCUCUUCCGCGACUCGCGGCACGCGGUGCCCGCGCCGGCCCUACUCACCGCCCUGACGAUCUUCUUCGGCCUGCCCAAGGAAGACGUGCGCAGAUUCAAGCAGCACGACACCACCAAGCCGAUCGCGGGACCGGGCCAGCGCUCGACAACACCGCCGACAGGCUUCGCCGCCGUCGACGUCUCCCGGCACGCCAUGGAGCAGCAUCGCCUCGACUUCCGCGUGUAUCUGCAGGGGCAGAGCCUGCAGCGCAUCAUGGCCCGCGUGCUGGACGAGUUUGCUGGGAGCAUCUCCUCCUCUUUCGUUGAUGGUGAUGGUGUCCGCAUCGGCGACGGAUGGACCGAGUUCCCGGACCUGCACGCCUUCGUGGCCACGCGCAUGUUCGAGGCCGUCGCGCGCGUCGUGUUCGGCGAUGGCUUGCUGCGUGUCUGUCCGGACCUGUACCGCGACUUUUGGGCCUUUUACGAGGCGCUCCCGAUGUUGCUGCUCAAGGUGCCCCGGUGGCUGAACCCCGGGAUCUGGGCAGCGCGGGACAAGAUGCAUCGGAAUUUCAUCGAUUGGAAGCGAUGGUGUGCGGCGCAGAGCGAGUUGGAGAGAGGUGAUGGUGAUGUUGGUCGCGAAGACGACGAAGUCUUUGAUCCGGUCUGGGGCACCCACAUGACCAAGAGACUGGUCAGGGUAUAUGCGGACAUCGGUCUCAGCGAAAAGGGGAUUGCUGCUGGCCUGCUCAGCUACCUGUCCGUCAUCUUCGCCAACGCGACCCCAUCCACGCUCUGGACCACACUGCACAUCCUACAAUCCGACAAUCUCAAACACCGCAUUAUCACCGAGAUGGACUCCGCCUUCGAGCCCGGCAGCACCGCCCUCCAACCCCACAGCCUCUCAGACCUCUGCGCGGGGCCGCUGCUCAACUCGGUCUUCCGAGAGACUCUUCGCCUGCGCCAACUCGGCCCCGUCGCGCGCGUACCCAAGACGCCCGGCUAUCUCCUCGCCGGCAAGUGGAAGACAGAGCCCCGGACGCCGAUCCUCUCCGUCUCGUGGCUGGCCGGCCGCGACGAGACCUUCUGGAACACGGGCGCGACCCUGCCGGACGGGCGGCAGGAACACCCCCUGGAGGCCUUCUGGGCCGAGCGCUUCCUGUCGUACCCCGACGAUCCCCUCAGCGGACCGAUGCGCCCCCCUAACAAAAACAACCCAAACCGGGCAGACAAGGGGGCAGCAGCAGGAGGGCCGCCUAAUAAGGAAAGGACGCCCGAGGAUGACAAGCGCGCGACCCUGGUGAGCAGUGGCCUCGAGGGCCAUUUCUACCCCUUCGGCGGCGGGUCGUACCGGUGUCCCGGCGAGAUGUUUGCGCGGCGGCUCAAUAUGGGCACGAACGCGCUGCUCCUGCGGAUGCUGGAUAUCGAGUUGGUUGAUCCCCUCGGGGCACGCGAGGUUUCGUCGUUGUACGACCGGUAUCCGCUGGGGGAUCAUCGGUUUGACAGGCCUGUGCCGAUAAGGGUUCGAAGGAAGGCCAUGUUAUGAGAAUGUAAGCAGUCAGGUGGGAGAGGAUAUCUUUUUAGAAGGUUUGGGUCAUAGACAUAGAGGCACCGGUCGUAGAAAAGGGAAAGUCGUAUUCCGUCAUAGUAUUGAAGCCUCAAUUCAAAAUAAUCUGAAAGAUCGGGUAUCAUCGUCAUACUCAACAGA